CGUACGAGCAUGCGACCAAGUCUUCGGUGAGGGCGAAGUAAUAGUGUAUGUUACGCCACGUCGACGAGAUGUUUGAUAAAAUUCCAAGCAGAGGUGGCCGACCACCCAACGCGCUUACUCCCUCUAAUUCCAGUCAACCCGGCCUUGCGGCGCCUGGGAUUCCCCCUUCUUCGCCCCUGCCCUUUUGGUAACAGUUCUUCACAGCGGUCUGCCAACAACAUACUAUGCUUUCGACUAAAACCAACCUCUCUUCUUCUUCUUCUUCUUCUUCUUCUUCUUCUUCGUCUAGUGCCCUGCUCAUCUUCCUCCAAUGAGUUCUCGUUCGUUUCAUUUCCAUUUUCUUAUCCUUGUCUUCCUUUCCUUGGUGAUUGAGCUCAGUGGUGAAGCUCAAUGCCACCAGGAACAGGCUUCGGCUCUCCUCCGGCUCAAGAAUGGCUUCUCCUCGAUGAAGAAUUUGACCCGUCCUUGGAUUCGUGGCACCAACUGCUGUAGUUGGGAGGGCGUCACCUGUGACCAUGUUUCUGGUCUAGUUAUCUUCCUCGACCUCGGCAACCGAGAUAUCUCCGGUAACAUCAGUGCAGCGCUUUUCGAGCUCACUUCCCUUCAAAGGCUUAAUCUUUCCUACAAUCUGUUCAAUGGAAGUGUUAUUCCAGUUUCGGGUUUUGAAAUGCUUGGUAAUCUCACUCAUCUCAAUCUCUCCAACUCCGGUUUUGCCGGACAAGUCCCCAGCGGGAUCUCUCGCCUCAAAAAGCUGGUAUCUUUGGACUUAUCCACCUACUUUUUCAACGGAGGGGAGUUGGAAACCCCAGAUCUCGGGGAACUCAUUGGUGGGCUCUCUAACCUCCAGAAGCUGUAUCUAGAUGGGGUUAAUCUUUCUAGUAAUAGCAUGGAUUGGUGUCAAGUUAUCGCCAAAUCUGCUCCUCGGCUUCAAGCUCUCAGUUUGUCUAGUUGUUCGCUUUCGGGGCCGAUCCAUGAGUCUCUGUCCAAGCUCCGGAAUUUGUCAGUAAUCCAUCUCGACCAGAACAAUUUUUCUUCGCAGGUGCCUGAGUUCUUUGGAAACUUCUCUUAUCUGAAUGAACUUAGUCUCGUUGAUUGUGAACUCCAUGGAUUGUUUCCGCCAAGUGUGUUUCAACUGAUGAAUUUAAAAGCUCUUGAUGUGUCCCUCAAUCCGAUGCUCUCAGGGUACUUGCCAGAAUUUCCCAAAGAGAGUUCUUUGGAGAAGUUGAUCGUUGAGUACACAAAUUUUUCAGGUAGUUUGCCGGAAUCUUUGGGAAAUUUGAAGUCUUUGACAAAGUUGGCUCUUACAAGUUGCAACUUCUCUGGGCCAAUUCCCCUUUCCAUUGGAAAACUCAACCAGUUGGUUCAUUUGGACCUCUCGCUCAACGGUUUCAUUGGUAAAAUACCUCCGCAUGUGGGUGGCGAGAGAAUCUCACAAAUUAUUCUGUCUCAUAAUAGCUUUACUGGGGACAUACCUCAAUAUUUUGGAAGGCUUCAGAAUCUCACAAAGCUUGAUCUGAAGAAUAAUUCACUCAAUGGAUCAAUCCCGGUAACUUUGUUCACCCUCCCGGCAUUGCAAGUGUUGCAGCUAAACCAAAACAGGCUCGCUGGUAAGCUGGAAGAGUUCUCCAAUGCGUCUUCUACUUUGAAUACUGUUGAUUUGAGCGACAAUGAACUUCAAGGAGAUAUUCCAAAGUCAAUUAUUAAGCUUUCAAAUCUGAAAUCGGUUGAUCUUUCAAACAAUAGAUUUGAUGGUAGUUUGCCUAAAAGCUUUGGGAACCUUACAGCGCUCCAGAUGCUAAACAUUUCACUCAAUAAUUUCACAGGACCAAUUCCAUCAGAGCUUGGAAACUUGGUUCAAUUAGAAGCAUUAGAUCUCUCACACAACCAAUUCUCAGAGGAGAUUCCGCGAUCUUUGGUUAACCUGAGCUUCCUGUCCUUCCUGAACCUUUCAUACAACAGGCUAGUGGGUAGAGUACCACUGGGCAAUCAGUUCUCUACAUUUUCAAAUUCUUCCUUUGAGGGUAAUUCAGGAUUAUGCGGGAGUCCAUUAUCCAGGCAAUGCGCUGAUUCAAGUGCUUUAUCUCCAAGAUAUUAUAUCUCUUAUAAGUCUUACAAUGAGCCAAAUUGGCAGUCUAUUUUUGUGGGAAUAGGAUUCGGAGGAGGCUUGGCCAUGGUGUUUGGGUAUCUACUGAUGUGGGAUAGUGGGAGAAAGGUGGUAUUUGGAUAAGAUAGACAGCUUGUUUUGGGCAAUUACCUCCAUGCUUUUGUAUCUGUGACAAUUGUCGAGAUGUGAAGGUUGCAGCUGAGGACAUAGAUGAUGACAUGGAAGAGGAAGAAGAGCCUGGUAGAAAGUUUUGUGUGUUCUGUACACAGUUUGAUGUUCAUAAAGGAAAAAUGGUAAUACAUCAUGUAGAGUGCUCUUGCAAUUUAGAAGAUUGAAAAAGUUUUCUAAGAGUUCAUUGUGUAUAUAUAAAGCAAGAAGAUGUAAUGAAUGAUGUAAUGACUGAAAUGUUCAUUGUUCUCUGCUUUUGCUGCUUCUGAAUUCAGUA